AUGUCAUCUGAAAUCAUUAAAUUAAAAGAAGAAGUGCAAGAGCUGACAGAAGUAAACAAAAACUUAAUUGAUUACAUUGAGACUCUGGAAAAAAAUAACUCCAUGAAAUGUCAGGGGAAAAAAUUCCAUGAGGGUGGGAAAAAGCAACAAUCACGAAAGCUCCGCUUUCUCAAAAAUAAAACCCAAUGUGCUCUGUGGUUUUGUGAGAGUUUUGGCUUAAAGCUUACGAGUAUUAAACUGCAGGAUGAAAAAGGUACAAUUUCUUCCCUUAACUAUCAAGAAUCGCCUCCCAGCAUAUCUGAUUUGAGUUGUGAUGACCACAGUAAUCUGGAGAAAGUUCUGUUUCUUUUGGACAAAUUCUGCGUAAGUGAUGAGAUCUAUCAUGAGUUAACGCUUGUAUCCGAAGAAUUGCCAAGGUCAUACCUUAUCAAGCAAUUAAGAUCAAACUUAAAUAAAACAUAUCACAUUGAAAGAACAUCCGGACCCUGUCCAGGUGCUAUGAUUAAUGUUACAGCAACCAUUAAAGAUCACGUGGAAGUACUACUGGCAAAGAAACCAGAGCUAAAGGGACAGACAAUUAAAGUUAAAAUAAGUGGUGAUGGUGCCAAGAUGACUCGAUCAACCAAUUUUAUGAUGUUCUCUUUGGCACUUUUGCAAGAUGAUAAUGUUAUGUCAUCGAAGAGUAAUCGAACCAUUGCAAUAAUUAAUGGAAAGGAAAACUAUGAAACAAUUGCAGCAUCAUUACCUAAGUUUUUCCAAGAAGUCAAUGGACUGAUUGAAAGCGGGACUAUGCUCAUUGAUGACACAGAAGUCAACCUAGAAUUUUUUUCUUGGGGGCGAUUUAAAAUUUCUUGUCAUGAUUAUGGGUAUUAACUCUGCAACUGCUAAUUACUCCUGUUUAUGGUGUAAUAUCCACAAAAACAACAGAUGGGACACAAGCAAAUGUUUUAACUUUUACCAUCAAAAUAAACAAAAGAGGACCCUAGAAGAUAUAGAGAAGCUCUGCUCUAAGAAGAGCGACAAUUAUGGGUGCAUCAACCCUCCUCUGAUCAAAAUAGACCUCGAUCAUGUGGUUCCUGAUGAAUUGCAUCUUUUGUUAAGAAUAACUGAUCGGCUUCUCCAGAAUGUUAUAGAUGAAAUUUUAGAAAGAGAUGCAAUGCUAGAUUUUAACAAACCAAAGGGACAAGCAAAGGGUGUUUUGUUGAAUGAAUUUGUUAAAGACAUUCAUGAACGUGGGGUGACCUUCAACACGUGGUAUAAGAAGAAUGCUGAUGGCACAGCUAGCAAUAUUUUAGAAUAUACCAGUUGUGUUGGGGCACAAAAGAAACUCCUUUUAUCAGAGCUUCCAAAUAUACUACCAAAGUAUCUCUUCCCUGAUAUUGCUGAUGUGGUAACAAGCAUUUGGUCUGAAUUCAAAAAUUGCUAUGAUUUAAUAACCGAUUCAUUGUUAACCCAUACUUCAUGCUACGAUGUAUUUCACAAAGCAAAAAAAUGGAUCGAAUUAUUUUGUUCACUUACCCUACACGUUUUUGUCUAUCGCAGAGAUCAUGUCACUCCUUACAUGCAUAUCAUGUGCUACCAUGUUCCAGUAUUUAUUGAAAAAUAUGGCUCUAUUAAGCAAUUUACAGGACAAGGCGUAGAAAAGAACAACGAUGAUGCGAAACGCAUGGUGUUUCAGAAAUCAAACAAAUGGGACAGUGUGAAAGAUAUUCUUUGUACAGAAAGUAGACAGUGGGAUCUGAAGAACUGCCAACGUCAGAAGAAUUGCUAUACAAAAAGAAAUCUUGAAUACUGGGAUGAGACAAUGAAGAGACAAAGGAAAGAAUGGAGACAGCUUUCGAAGCCAAUUGUUAUUACUGCAGAUGUCAAUGCUACAGUUGAUGCUGAAACUUGUUCAAGAGCUAAUUACAGCAAUUUUACUGCUUCUCAAUUAAGACAAAAAGUGAGAGAAAUGGGACUAAACCGACAAGGACUUGCUAAAAUGAAGAAAAAUGAACUAAUAAAUCUACUUCAAUGUUAA